AUGUGCAUAGGACAUGAAAUUUCGGUCAAGGAUUGGUACGAAUUACUAGGGAACCGCACGAAUCUAAUUUCUGCCGGCUUCGUCCUUAAGCCAGAUUCGCCUGGCGCGAUUGAAAGCAGGUCCACACUUGCAACUCACGCAAAACUGCGUCAGCUGGUAAUCACCGCCACACCGCCCGCUCAUUUGAUCUUCUUCCCGGCUCUCAAGGCCCUUCGGCUCGUUGGAUACAAGAAAAGUAAUUCGUUCCGCACGCUUGCAGACUUCCUGCAAGUAACCCCUGCCCUAACGGAGCUUCAUUUCGACACCAAUAUCUUCACUUUCUUCUCAUUCAACAUCUUCCCGCAGAGUGCAUGUGUGCCUCACCUCCUACUGCCAAACCUGGAGCGGCUCGUGUUCGAGAAUACGAAAGCGGACUACGCUCGGGCGUGA